UUUAGGUUUAAAUUACUUUUAAUAUCUUAACAGGCUGAACUCCUCAAACACAAGAAAAAGAAAAAAAAAAUGAAAAAGAAAAUAGUAUAAGAAAAUAACAUCACGUCAUUUGUGAGCGAAGACCCAAUCGAACACCACCCAGACACAACAGAGGUGGGUGGGACAACAAAUCGCGAAGAAUUGUUAGUAUAGUGUCUCACCCUCGCAGAAACCUCCAUCAAUUUCUACAAACUCAAACAACGAAUCGUUCUCCAUUGCUAACCUAAAAAAUGGGUUGUUUCUUGAGCAAAAACGGUGAUACCAAAGCCAACAGGAUCGCACGUUGGCGAGCCACUGGAAUUGUUGCUUUGCGCGAUUCCAAAUUAAAGACAUUUCCAGAUGAAAUUAUUAAGUUAGACACAUCUGUUCGCACUCUUGACUUGACGCAUAAUCGAAUAGUUGACAUUCCUAUGGAAAUCAACAAGUUAAUUAAUAUACAACGCAUGGUAUUAGCGGAGAACUUAAUUGAGAGACUGCCAGUGAGUUUAGGCAAACUCCAAUCUUUGAAACUGUUGAAUCUGGAUGGAAAUCGAAUUACUUCCUUACCUGAUGAAUUGGACCAGUUAGUAAGGCUUGAACGCUUAUCUGUCUCAAGGAAUUUAUUAGCAUCCUUGCCAAUGACUAUUGGAAGUUUGAGAAAUGUAAUACAUCUCGUAACCUAAAUAUCAUUCAACUUUUUAUGUUUUCUUCU